AUGCAGGCCUCUUCGGGAAUGCUUACAAAGUUCGAGUCCAAGUCCUCGAGAGCGAAAGGUAUUGCCUUUCACCCAAAGAGACCAUGGAUCCUCGUAUCACUACACUCGUCGACUAUACAGCUGUGGGAUUACCGCAUGGGAACUCUCAUUGAUCGUUUCGAAGAGCACGAUGGUCCCGUCCGAGGCGUCGAUUUCCACAAGACACAACCUCUCUUCGUUUCCGGUGGCGACGACUACAAGAUUAAAGUCUGGUCUUACCAGUCGAGAAGAUGUCUGUUUACUCUGAAUGGACAUUUAGACUAUGUACGAACCGUCUUCUUCCACCACGAGCUGCCGUGGAUUAUAUCAGCAUCCGACGACCAGACGAUCCGAAUAUGGAACUGGCAAAAUCGUUCAUUAAUUUGCACGAUGACUGGCCAUAAUCACUAUGUAAUGUGCGCCCAAUUCCACCCGAAGGACGACCUCGUAGUGUCCGCGUCUCUCGAUCAGUCUGUUCGCGUCUGGGAUAUAUCUGGCCUACGAAAGAAGCACUCCGCCCCGACGUCUAUGUCCUUCGAGGACCAGGUCGCUCGAUCGAACGCCCAGCAGACCGACAUGUUCGGCAACACCGACGCGAUGGUGAAGUUCGUACUUGAAGGUCACGAUCGAGGUGUAAAUUGGGUCGCUUUUCAUCCGACAGCGCCGCAUAUUGUCUCUGCUGGCGAUGACCGUCUUAUUAAGCUGUGGCGAUUUAGCGAGACGAAGGCCUGGGAAGUGGAUACCUGCCGUGGACAUUUCCAGAAUGCUUCUGGUUGCUUGUUCCACCCUCAUCAGGAUUUAAUUCUGUCUUGUGGCGAGGACAAGACGAUUCGAGUAUGGGAUUCUCAGAAGCGUACCGCCGUUCAAUCAUUUAAACGAGAAAACGAUCGAUUCUGGGUCAUCGCGGCGCACCCUGAAAUCAACCUGUUUGCUGCCGGUCACGACAAUGGUGUGAUGGUGUUUAAACUCGAACGUGAGCGUCCGGCAUCAACUGUUCACCAGAAUUCGCUCUUUUUCGUUACGAAAGAGAAGCACGUCCGUUCUUACGACUUUCAAAAGAACGCCGAGAGUCCAACGCUGCUGUCCUUGAAGCGACUCGGUAGCGCUUGGGUUCCUCCUCGCACCUUAUCUUACAACCCUGCCGAGCGUUCUGUUCUCAUAACAUCCCCUGCCGAGGGUGGUAAAUAUGAACUAAUCAACCUCCCUCGAGAUGGCUCUGGUGCGUUGGAAGCGACUGACUCCAAGAGCGGAUCAGGUAACUCGGCUAUUUUUGUAGCUCGAAACCGGUUUGCCGUACUCGACACGUCUACGCAGACUAUUGACAUCAAAGAUCUUUCUAAUAAUACGGCGAGAAGCAUUAAGCCCCCUCCCGGAACUACCGAUAUCUACUUUGGCGGCACUGGAAACCUGCUCAUAAUUACUCCUACUGCGGUUCACCUGUACGACAUUCAGCAGAAGAAGAGCAUCGCCGAGUUAUCGGUGAAUGGUGUCAAGUAUGUUGUCUGGUCGAACGACGGUCUUCAUGCAGCACUUUUGAGCAAACACAAUGUCACAAUUGUGACAAAGACUCUCGAACAGUACACUCUUAUGAAUGGUGACAACGGUAUUGUUAGGACCCUUGACCAGACAGUCUACCUCGUGAGAGUCAAGGGCCGAAAUGUCUACUGCCUCGACCGCGCCGCUAGGCCCAAGAUCCUUCACAUCGACCCAACCGAGUAUCGCUUCAAGUUGUCGCUAGUAAAGCGCAACUAUGAGGAGAUGCUUCACAUUAUACGCACUUCUAGCUUGGUCGGCCAAUCUAUUAUUUCCUACCUCCAGAAGAAAGGAUACCCCGAGAUUGCUCUGCAAUUCGUACAGGAUCCAACCACUCGUUUCGAACUUGCCAUCGAAUGCGGCAACCUUGAUGUGGCUGUAGAGAUGGCCAGGGAACUAGACCGACCUAAGCUUUGGACGAGAUUAGGUGCUGAGGCUUUGGCGCAUGGAAACCACCAAGUCGUGGAGAUGGCUUAUCAGAAGCUCAAGCAGUUCGACAAGCUGUCUUUCCUAUAUCUCGCAACUGGUGACCACUCGAAACUGGCAAGGAUGGCCAAGAUUGCCGAGCAUCGGGGUGACUUUACCGCGAGAUUCCAAAAUGCGUUAUACCUAGGCGAAGUCGAGGACAGGAUACAAAUGUUCAAAGAGAUCGACUUAUACCCUCUGGCGUAUAUGACGGCCAAAGCGCAUGGCCUUGAGGAAGAGUGCCAAUCGAUCCUAGAGGCGGCUGGUAUUACUGAAGAGCAAUUGACGCUGCCUGCCUUUGGCGAGAGCCUUACUCCUCCGAAGCCGGUUGUCCCGACGUACAAGGCCAACUGGCCUACGAAGGCGACCUCGCAAUCCUUCUUCGAGAAAGCCCUUGCUAGUCAACUGGAAGGCAUAACUCUCGAGGAUGAGCCUCCGGCAGCCGGCAAUGGACUUCUGGACGAGGCUAUUGAUGAGGAUGUUGCUGCUAAGCGAAAUGACAUCGUUCCCGAAGCUGAUAGCGAUUUCGUCAACGUUGAGAGUACGGAUGCUGGCGGAGCUGGCAGCAGCGAGGCUGACCUGUGGGCUCGCAAUUCUCCAUUAGCGGCGGAUCACAUCGCUGCAGGCUCCUUCGAGUCCGCUAUGAACCUUCUUAACAGGCAAGUUGGUGCCGUCAACUUUGCUCCGCUCAAGCCACGCUUCUUGGAGAUUUAUUCCGCGUCGAGGACCUUCCUCCCCGCGUCUCCUGGUUUACCGCCUCUAGUUAACUAUGUUCGCCGGACUUUGGAAGAGACGGAUCCCAGGAAAGUUCUGCCUAUCAUCCCUCGAGAUAUCGAACAUCUUGCCACUACCGAUCUACAUAAGGGAUAUGAUGCGAUGAAGACGAACAAACUUGAUGAGGGUGUUCAGAUCUUCAAGAGUAUCCUACACGCCAUGCUCGCGAAUGCGGUUGCGAGCGAAAGUGAGGUAGCAGAGGCUAAGAAGCUCAUCACUUCGGCAAGCGAAUACACCGUCGCUAUGUCGAUCGAACUCUCGCGAAGAAAGCUAGGUUCUCCGGAUGUCGUUAACGGCAACCCCGAGCUUCUCAAGCGAAGCCUUGAGCUGUCUGCAUACUUUACAAUUCCCAAGAUCGAGGUCCCCCAUCGACAACUUGCCCUUCUCAAUGCUAUGAACCUAGCAUCCAGGAGCAAGAACUUCAGCUCCGCCUUGAGCUUUGCAAACCGCAUCCUGGCCAAUGGUGGUGCUCAAAGGAUUCUUGAGACCGCACGAAGGAUAAAAGCGCAGUGCGAGCGCAACCCGCACGACACGGUAGAGAUUGAGUACGACCAGUUCGCUGAGUUCGAGAUCUGUGCUGCCAGCCACACGCCCAUCUACAGCGGUACCCCGUAUGAGGAGUGUGCGUUCGACGGAUCUAAGUACCACACCAAGUACAAGGGUACCGUCUGCGCAGUCUGCGAGGUGUGCGAGGUCGGAAAGCACGGUAGUGGUCUUAAGUUAUUCGCUUAG